AUGUUGCUGCCCCUACUGCUAAAGUGGCUUCCGUCCAGGCUGGGAAGAAGGAAGUCUAAAUCAAUCUCGAGUACUGUGGAUCUGGACGACCUCCCCAGUCGUCGUGGCCACAAAAAACAAAAGCCAAGGACUUCUCUCCCAAAGGUUCCCAAGUUCGUGCCAUCAACAGUGAACUUGGACGAGCCUGUGGUGGACGUGGAGCCCGUCCAAACGGUUCAUCCUGUUCCGUCUGAUCCUCCCCCUGCUCCCAAAACUUCUCACAAGUCUGGCUCGUCUGAAUCCUCUGAUCGUCCCUCUAAUUUGGUUCUGGACGAGGGUUAUGCAUGGAGGACGUUCAAAGGGAUCGUCACUGAUCAUGAGGUUAACGAAUGUUACAACAUGUCAGUGAAGGAGUUUGAGCGUUCUGGCAUCCAUGACCUUUUCAAGGCUAUGUCAAAGUUUUAUACAGCGACCUGCCAGGCCAAGGAGCUUGCUACAGAGGCCAAGACAGCCAAGGAUAAGGCUAAGGAGCUGGGCCAUGAGGUUUUGCUUAAGAAGGGGGAGGUCAUUAGGUUGACAGAGGAUUUUAAUCGUCUGCUGGGAAGCGAGACGAAGUUGAAGAACGAAGUAGAGGAGCUCAAAGCUGACAACUUAGAGAAGGAUACCCGCAUCGUCCAUCUCGAGGGACAAGUUUCAGAGCUUACCUCGUCCUUGGAGAAGGCACGUGAGGAAGCAAUUGCUGCCUUUAAGAAGUCUGACGAGUACAAGAAUCGUCUAGACAGUCAUUAUGCAGCUGGGUAUGAAGACUUCCGUGCUGAUGCCAAUGAGGCGUAUCCUGAUUUGGACUUCAACUCGUUCAAGCUCCCUCUUGCUACAGAGAGUUCCGCGUUGCAGACGAGUUCCGAGGAUGUCAACAUCAUGGACGAUGCUAACACUGAAGUCAUUCAGGACGAUCCCAAGACGAGCUUGCCCAAGUGA